GCUGUCUAUUUAAGAGACGUACUUUAAUACAUUUGGUUUAUUUUGUGGUUUUUGAACACAAAACAGCACGCUUUGGCCGUUUUAUUGUGUUGUGUACAAGGCUACAACUCUCUGUUACCGUCGGUGUUUUUAAUAGGAAAUCGUUGUCAUAAUUCGCUGUGAAAAGAGACUCUGUUUUUAACCAUUCAUUGGUUUAUGAUCUGGUGGACCUCCCUAAGAUCAUAGUAAAACGGUUUGGCUGUUUCAGAGGUUUUCAAUAGAGAAAGUCCAAAAAAAUUAAGAGUCAAAUAAUGGGAACAGUUUCAGAACCUCUGGAUGAGGAUGAAGCAGAGAAACAAAGACGAACAAUUGUUGCAAAAUAUGACAGGGGUUUUAUCCAAGAGGAACUUGAAGAGUGGGAGGAUGCUAGUUAUAUUGUUUACCAAGUCACAGAUAGAUAUGGAUUUAUGCAUAAACAACCGUUGCUUGAUGACAGAGACACAAGGUUACUUGCUCAAGAACGGGAACGAGAAUUGAAAUGGAAGAAGAUGGUGAUGAGAUGGGAUAAAUAUUCUCGUAGUGAUAAGCUUAGAAAAAGAAUAUACAAAGGAAUUCCAGAUUCAAUGAGGGGAACUGUGUGGAAACAGCUACUGGAGAUUGAUAGAAUACCUAAUAAAACAAUACUUUAUGAGGAAUUCCGUGCUCAAGCAAGGCUCAACUCACCAGAUAUACGACAAAUUGAUUUGGAUGUAAACCGGACCUACCGUGACCACAUCAUGUUUAGAGAUAGAUAUGGAAUUAAACAGCAAGAUCUAUUUCAUGUUUUAGCAGCUUAUUCCAUGUAUAACCAGGAAGUUGGAUACUGUCAGGGAAUGAGUGGAAUAGCUGCACUACUUUUAAUGUAUUUAAAUGAAGAGGAUGCGUUUUGGGCUCUGUCUGUACUCAUCACAAAUAGCAAGAAACACUCUAUGCAUGGAUUUUUUAUUCCUGGUUUUCCGAAACUAAAAAGAUUUCAGGAACACCACGAGGCUAUUUUAAAGAAAUUUGCACCAAAACUUUUUAAACAUUUGGAGAAAGAAGGGGUGUACACAAGUCUUUAUACUCUGAAAUGGUUCAUGCAGUGCUUCCUGGAUCGAACGCCAUUUCCUCUGACGUUGCGACUAUGGGAUGCGUUUUUACUGGAGGGAGAUAAAAUACUCACUGCUAUGGCGUAUAACUUAAUGAAAAUACAUAAAAAAAAAUUCGUGAAGCAACCAAUGGAGGACAUUGUGGAAUUUCUUCAAGAAAAGAUGAGUGAAUACCCUUACAAUAUUGAUCAAAUAAUGGAUCAGUUGCAAGAAUCACGUUUUGAGCUUAAAAAAGGAGGACUAGAAUCGCCUCCUGCCGCGAGCAGUGAAGAAUUCCCUUCGCUAGCCCCGGGCUCUUCGCUCAAGCGCGGCACGUUUGAAACCGCAUCCGCGCGUGCGCGUAAGAGUCGCCAAAAAGAUCAAAUUAUCGAGGUUCCUGCAGGGAAACAAGUCCUUCCUCAGUCUCCGGUUUCGGACGUUGACGGAGCUGACUCGGGUAGACAUUCUGUUGCGAGGACAAAUUCUAGUCGACGGUCGGAAACGUCCAGGAUUAGUUCCGAUGUAAGACGUUCGGAAAGUCUCGGACGAUCGUCGAGAAGUGAUGGUAGGAAUUCCGAAAGCGUCGUAAGUCAGUCGGAAACUAUCCCAAGACACUCGGAUGGUAGCGAAACUCCCUCAGAAAGUGUCCAAAGUCACCCGGGAAGUCCUGAAAAGGGUUUGGAAAAUAUUCCAAGACGCUCAGAAAGGCGUUCUGAAAGACAUUCAGAGAGUUCCGGAAAUCGUCCAGUAUUUCAUGAGGUACGCUACGUCAGCCCGGAGGCCACAAAAAGAAUCGAUGUAUCUUCGCCGGUCAAGGUUGAUGAUCCCCAGCCGUCAACACCCACGAAUCCCGUACCCCGCCACCCUUUAACACCCACCGAUCCCGAACCACACGCCCCAGAGGUUCGCCGUAAGCCCGGCAAUGUCGCCACCACUCUAACAAACGCUGAAAUUGCCAAAUUCAACCAGGAUCUUAAAAACUCGUAUCUUCGCUCACAAGGACAAUAUUUACGAGGACACUCAGGAAGAAGACAGAAUGGCAGCCGAUCUGUUCCACUUGAAAAUAUGUCUCCAAUGUCGCCUCCAGCAAGGCUCUCUGAUAGCGAACCAAACGAGCUGCGACGAAACCCCGAGACCACCACGAUGGUCUUAAAUUUACCUGGGAGCGUGAAUAUCGAGCAAAAUUCUAGUAAUGGAGGUUCCCUCUCAGAAGUUCGUACCCCUAACGGAACUACACCCUUAGGUCAUGCUCCCGUAUGGCAUCAUGACGGCCCUGAAGGAUCGAAGCAGUAUACUUUGACUCAGUCCCCCAACAGACAAAUGACCUUUGUCUAAGUAAUGACAAUGUUUUUCCCGACAAGGGCGCGUCGCUGCAGGCCGAAAGUAUUAUAUCCGGUGAAAUCCGGAGGUUGUAGGAAAACAAAAUAUUUUUCAAUUUAGGCAUAAAAUGCGAUAUGCACGCAUGGAAUAUUUUUUAUAUAUAGCAUGCCUGAAGGCCCGCUUACACUUGCAAUUUUUGGUGUGAUUUUAUCUGCGACUUUCUUCUUUUGGUAGAUGUGAACGAGUGGCUAGUUACGAAUUCUUUGAUGUAUGUAUACGAGCUCGUAUUUGAACAUCUGUAAUUCACUCGUUCACAUCUAUCAAAAGAAAGAAAAAAAUCGCAAGUUUAAACAGGCCUUAAAAGAACUGAAAAUAAUGUCAUGCCAUUUUGUCCAAUGGCAUUGUUUUCUCACCUCGGCAUUCCAAUUGCGUUAAGAUCAGUUUUUGUGUUUAUCCGCCUCCAAAGCCGCUUCCAACCGUAGCACGUAUACUGAAAUUAAAUUGAUCCACAUUCCAC